CCGCCGCAGCCGCCGCCGGGGACAUCGGGCUGGCAUGGCCCAGCCGGCGGCGCCGCCGCGCUGCCUCCGCCCGGACGCGGCCAGCCCGCCGCGCCGCGCCGCACAAAGAGCCCAGGCCGGGUCUGCCUUUAAAGGCGGCAGCCUGAGAUUUAAGGUGUCCCCGCGUGCCGGCCUCGGCGCUCCGGCUGCCUCCUGGACGCGUGCUGCAUGGAGAGAGCCCGGUCCCCGCGCGCCGGGCCUGGAGCCCACCCCAUUGUUUCUUUGCUGGGCUUAAGGGCUUGGGGGUAGGGAGGUAGGUAUGGGGCUGCGGCUGCACCCUCUCCCGUCCCCGCUUACCGUGCUCCCCGAGCUGUGCGGCCCGCUUGGCGCUCUCGGUGAAAAAAAAAAAUUCAAAGGUGGCCGAGAAGGAAAGGGUUAACCGUUGUCUUUAAAUAUUCAUAUCAUUGUUUUAAAGGUGUAAACAUGCAGCUUUGGGGUUGGAGUUGAAGCUCUCUUAUUAUGCAAAUUUACUCCCCCCAUUAAUUACGAUUUCCCCGAGUACAUCUCCCCCCACCCCCCAUUUUCUCACACCCACCCUCCAAAACCUGUAAGUUUGCAAGGUUUGGAUGUGAGUGUGAUGUGUAUCCCUCGUUCCAUUUGGAAUUUUAAAACUUCAGAGUGCUUUUGGACUUAAGGUGUUUUAGACAUUUUUCUUCUUAAAAAUCAGGGAAGACAGAAGUUAUGUUUGAAAGAUGGUUAGUCCCCCCAGUUCCCCGCCUCUUUUUUGGGGGGUGGGGGUUAGGCUUGGAGGUAGGAAAAUAACUGGAUGCCUCGUGAGUUGGAUUUUUUUUUUCUCCUGGUAGGAGUGAGGCGGUGUUAAAUGCGAGGCGUUUUGUGAGGAAAGGACUGUUUUGUUCCAAACUCUAGCAAGUCAAAGUGCUAUUGGACUUUUCCUAACUCUAAAAUGGCUUCAGAAUUCCCCUCUAGGUGGAUCUGUAAAGAAACCAGGCGGCUAGGAGCGGGAGGGGAGGAGCCCAGCUGUGAGGUGUGUGUGCCCAAGAACCAUGUCUACGCGGGAGUCCUUUAACCCGGAAAGUUAUGAAUUGGACAAGAGCUUCCGGCUAACCAGAUUCACUGAACUCAAGGGCACUGGCUGCAAAGUGCCCCAAGAUGUCCUGCAGAAACUGCUGGAAUCCUUACAAGAGAACCACUUCCAAGAAGAUGAGCAAUUUCUGGGAGCAGUGAUGCCAAGACUUGGCAUUGGAAUGGAUACUUGUGUCAUUCCUUUGAGGCACGGCGGUCUUUCUUUGGUUCAGACCACGGAUUACAUUUAUCCUAUCGUCGAUGACCCUUACAUGAUGGGCAGGAUAGCAUGUGCCAAUGUCCUCAGCGACCUCUACGCGAUGGGGGUCACGGAAUGUGACAAUAUGCUGAUGCUCCUUGGAAUCAGUAAUAAGAUGACGGACAGGGAAAGGGAUAAAGUGAUGCCCCUAAUUAUACAGGGUUUUAAAGACGCAGCCGAGGAGGCAGGGACGUCUGUGACGGGGGGCCAGACGGUGUUAAACCCCUGGAUCGUUUUGGGAGGAGUGGCUACCACCGUCUGCCAGCCCAACGAAUUUAUCAUGCCAGAUAAUGCAGUACCGGGGGACGUGCUUGUGCUGACGAAACCCCUGGGGACGCAGGUGGCCGUGGCCGUGCACCAGUGGCUGGAUAUCCCUGAAAAAUGGAAUAAGAUCAAGCUGGUGGUCACCCAAGAAGAUGUCGAGUUGGCAUACCAGGAGGCAAUGAUGAACAUGGCCAGGCUCAACAGAACAGCUGCAGGUCUCAUGCACACGUUCAAUGCCCACGCUGCCACUGACAUCACGGGCUUUGGAAUUUUGGGCCACGCGCAGAACCUGGCCAAGCAGCAGAGGAAUGAGGUGUCCUUUGUGAUUCACAACCUUCCCGUCCUGGCCAAGAUGGCUGCCGUGAGCAAGGCCUGUGGAAACAUGUUCGGCCUCAUGCAUGGGACCUGCCCGGAGACAUCAGGAGGCCUCCUAAUCUGUUUACCGAGAGAGCAAGCUGCUCGAUUCUGUGCGGAAAUAAAGUCUCCCAAAUACGGGGAAGGUCACCAAGCAUGGAUUAUUGGGAUCGUAGAGAAGGGCAACCGCACAGCCAGAAUCAUAGACAAGCCCCGGAUCAUCGAAGUCGCACCACAGGUGGCCACUCAGAACGUGAACCCCACCCCGGGGGCCACCUCUUAAUCUAGACCCAACUAGCUAUUUGGUUUUGUUUUUAAAUAGAUCUAUUUCCUUUUUCAUCAUUUCAAUUAAAGACUAUAAACAACAACAAAAAUCUCAUUGUGUCUACACAUCUGGUGACCUUAGGUCGAUUUGUGAGUGGAUGCAAUUAAUAAAAUAAAAUCCAUUGCCUUUUUUUCCUGUUACAUUAACUGAAGAUGCACCUAAUCUUGAGGCAGCUUCUGAGUUGAGAAUUAUAUUGUUAUCCAAUACUGUUGAUUCAUUUUGAAUCUUUAGACACUUAUCUCUUGCCGCAUAGGCUCUUUUUAAAGGUGCUUUCACGUAGCACAGACAUUACCAGUCGUGGGGUCAGAUAGCAGUUGGUGUCUUUUCAUUUUGUGUGUAUUUAUCGUUCCCGGUCUGGUCUUUUUUUAAAGUGUCUUGAAUGGGAUUCUGGAAAGAUGGAAUUGGUAAGUGACACAAUGGUAGCCCGGUAGUGAGAGGGUCGCGUGAUUCCUUCCAGUCUUUCCUUUGUAAAGCCCGGUGUCCUCAUUCGAGA